CCGAGGGCGCCCUGCGUGUUGAUGGACCGGCGGCCGUUAAAAUGAACUUCGAUACUCUGUGACCUCGAAAUUGGCUAAGGCGGGUUUGAAGAGUAGGCAUUACAGCCAAUUAGCGGCUAAUUAAUUGACACGUGACUAGCAUUCUAGUGGCCACAUCGGCACUUUACCGCGGACAAACUGAUGUGAUAAAAGCAUUUGGCUGGCAUCAUUGUGAAAAAAUACGGCCGCAGUUUUUCUUUUUAUUUUUGUCUUCUGCAAAAGUUUAUUUUGAAAUGGCCACCAAGAAAAUUGCUUCUGAAGAGGAGACCUCUACCACCAAAACAGUCGCUACAGUUAAGGCUAGCAAACCUCCAUCCAGUGGCCACCCUUCCACAAUUGACAUGGUGGUUGAGGCCUUGAAAGAGCUGAAUACCAAGAAAGGGGUCUCUGUGAUGGCUAUUCGUGGAUACAUCCUUGCCAAGUACCCCUCUGUGCUGCCAGCAAGACUGAAGACCCUGUUGAAGAAUGCCCUUCUGAAAGGUUUAGUGAGUGGCAUUUUGAUCAGACCUAAAAAUGCUACGGCUACUGGUGCCACUGGCAGGUUCAAGCUUGCAGGUAAAGAGAAGAAACGUGUUGUCAAUGGGGCCAAAUCAAAAGAAAAUGUCGACCCAGAUGAGAAGCAAAAUGCUACUCGAAAGGCUGCCGCCAAGAAACCAAAGUCUGGAAACAAGCUGAAGUCUGCAAACACUAAAAAGGCCAAAGUGAAAUCUGAGGUAGCAGAGGAAAAUCAGGCUGAGAACCCUGAGAAGGAAGUUAAGGCUAAGCCGAAAAAGACUAAAGACCCAUCGGGGCAGGAACUGGACCAGAAAGCAAAGCCAAAAGUCAAGAAGCAGAAUUCAGCGGAGACCCCAACAGUCCGGGCACCAAAAAAGUCCCAGAACAAGACCAAGGCUGAACCAAAGGGCAGUGAGGAGGUGGGCAAGGAGAAUGCUGACAAGCCGAAUGCAAAGACUGCUGGCAAACGCAGCAAAAAACCAAAAGAGCAGUAG